AUGACGAGCGCCCAGCACCACCACCACCAGCACCAUCACCAGCACCAUCAGCAGCAGCAGCAACAGCAGCAGCAGCAGCAGCAGCAGCGCUACGGCUUGCGCAGCGCCAGCGGCGAUGCCGUUCACUUCCCCAGCCACUACGGCCCUCCGGCCUCCGUGCUGUGUCUGCCGUCGGGCGCCGAAACGUCGGACCCCCUGCUCAGGCCUGGGCCGUCCCAGAAGCCGGGGCUCAGUGUGGAGAUGGAGCAGCACCAGCAGCAGCAGCAGCACCAGCAGCAGCAGCAGCAGCUUCACCAGCACCAUCAGCUUCUGCUUCCGCACCACCUCCACCCGCUCUCAACGUCCACGCACCCCGAUCACUUCAAGAACGGAGACGCGGGGCGGCCGCUGUACCAGAGGCAGGCGAGCUCCACCGCACAGCUUCACAGCAGCCACGCGGCUCAGCUGACCGAACCCACGGCCACCAAAUCCGCCCCGUCCGACGUCCAGCCUCACGGCAAACCCGCCGUCGGCACCGGCGCGGCGCCGGCCACCGUCGGCGUCGGAGCGAGCGGCAGCAGCGGCGGCGGCAACACGAGGGCGGUGAAGUCGUACGCCUGCGCCGUGCGGUCCACGCCACCGCCUCCGCACAAGCCCACGCCGCCCGACGGCGCGGACCGCCGGGGCGGCGCGACGGGGCCGGCGGUAACCGGUGCCGGCGGCGGCGGCGCUGGCGGUGGCCUGCCCUUCCUGCAGGGCCUGAGUCCCGACUCCGCCCCGCACGCCAACAACGGCUACUACUCCUACUUCAAGUGAACGGCCACCGGGAAGCCGCGGGGUUGGGGGGGGGGCGGUGUCGGUGUGGCCGGCGGCGGCGGCUCGGGUCCACGGACUUGUCGACAAGCGGCCAGCUGGAAGUUUGGUUCGGUCGAGUUCGGAUUUUACGGUUUGUCCGCUGUCGAUUUACCUCGGCGGUCUGUAUUUUAUCUGACUCGUGAAAUCUGCCGACUGCGUUGUUAAUAGUUUUUUUUUACGUCUAAAUACGUUCCCCCCCCCCACCUCCUCCUCCCCUUGAUCCCCCCACAACCCCUCCCCUCGGUCCCCAUCACAGCCCCUCCCCUCGACCAUCGCCUCGGUCCCCAUAGCCACCCCCCGUGUGACCUACACGAGGGAGUCGUCCGGAGCGUUGUGCUCCGUGUCGAUCGGUGGGGGGGGGGUGGGAG